AUGAUUUCAAAGCUUAGAAACCUGUUGAUUAAUAGAAAGUUAGACUCAUCUAAAAUGAAUGAUGAUUUAACAGCAGUGACAAAAGGAUAUAAUAAAAUUAUUAGUUUGACAGAUGAAGAAUUAUUUGGAACGUUACGUUUGGGGUCGGCAAAUACCACAGAGAGUGAAUUAAGAAGUAGUAUGUACCGAAGUCAACAAUCAGAUCGGUUUAUUGCUGCUCUACUUGACCCAAGAACUUCUUAUGAAUACAAAAUAAAUGAGGUUUUUCAAAUUGUGGAACCUCAAAAUGUUGAUUAUAUUAAAUUUUCUUUUAAAUUGAAAUUGAAAACCCAUCCUACAAAAGCAUUGAAUAAGGAAGAUAUCAAAGAUAUAAAAACCUAUCUUGAUUUGUGUGUAAAUCCACAUCACUUGCACAUAUUCAUGAGACCAGACUUGAGUAUAUCAGAUGUUUUAGUUCAUUUGAAUGAAUUAGGUUCUUUGAAGUCUGAUAAAGAUGUUGAUGAUGAUAUUUGCAAACUCAACAGUGAAAGACUUCCAAAAGUUUUAAUUAUUGUUUCAGAUCCCCAAUUCUUUGGAUGUUUCCAGAAAUUAUUGGACUUUUAUAUACAUUCACUUGAUUCAUCAAGUUAUUCAUCAAGACAUAGGUUGAUGGGUAAAAUUAUACAAAAACAGAGUUCAAAAUAUAUUAGCAUUGAAGGAACAAUACCUCAUCGUAACUGUGUUUAUUUCUUCUGUCCUGUCGAAUCAGCACAUGAAGAUUUAUGUAUCAUUGAAGAUUUUAUAGAGGGCUAUUCAUAUCUCUUUAAAACCCUUAAGUUUGAUAAUCCUAAAUCAGAUAACCAAAGAAGUUAUUCGAUAUAUGAUAUGGAUUUUGCAAAUGAUCAGAUAAACAUUAAAACCAAUGAUAACUUGUAUGAAGAGGAAGUUUUACCAUCAUAUUCAAGCAUUUGA